AUGAGUUGGCUUCAGGCUCUCGGAAAUCUUCAAAGACGAGUUAUAGUUUUGGACCGGGGGCGCACCCCGCUUCCCACAGCUGCUGUUUACAAUCGUGUCAUGACUCCCAGCAACAGCAGGAGAUUAAACUUGGCGGAGCAUCCAUCAGCUUCUGCCACCGACGAAUUCGUUGAACCCUCGACAGCAGCGCUCCGUUGCACCAGUGAUACAUGGCAAGGGGCACUUGAUGUUGUACAUUUUUCUCAGUCAAAUCUCCAAGAAGAUGUGAAUUCAACCAUGCAGCGCUUCCCGCCCUUAUUGGCAGCUCAAUGUAUUGCCAUACUUCUAGAGGCAGGGAAGAGUGACCAAGCACUGGAACUUCUUAGAACGUGGGAGAUGAACCAAGGAGAAUGCACGGUACGUUUAGCGGUGUUUAAACCACAUGUAAAGCUCAGUGUCACACGGCGUUUACGUAAAGCUAUCAAGACGUUAGGCAUCAUUGGAGAUGUGGAAACUCUACGGGCAUUAAUUGCGGUUCUUCAUCAAUCUUUACUGGAGUGGCGAGACAACAGACGAUAUUUCGCUUUAUCCCAAUCCUCGUCGUCAAGUAUGUCACCUUCGCGGUUUGCAGGAAGCGGCCUAACACAGCGAGAGGGAAGAAGCAGUGGUUUUCUUUCACAUUUAGGACGCCAGCGCAUGAGGGUGCUACUCGUGGAUGCCACUCAUGAACUUGUCAGGCAAGAUGAGAGUCUCGUCUCCGUGAGUGAAAAACUUACGUGGAUCAAUGAGACAACGUUGGUGGUGCAAGUGCCAUGCACUCAGGUACCGUGUGUCAUUCCCUAUAAAUUGCAGGAUGACUUUAGGAAGCACAUCGAGUGUAGUUCUUCAUAUAAUGAGAAUGCUUUGCGGUUAGUAGGACCAACGUUUGCGGAAGGUUUUGUGAGCCCUGCACAAUCUAAUCUGAUAAGUCUGCUAUGUACCCCACGAAGCGAAGUGCGGUGGGUACGUGACAACUGCUCUGUUGGAAAAUUUGGUGAGUUGUGGGGAGCGGUGAAGGACCUUGUGUUGCCUCAUUCUGAACUCAUAAACAACUAUGUUUUGGUUGAGUCCCUAAUGAAUGCCAUGCUUAGUCCCGUUGGAGCCAAAAAAUCUUGGCGCCGUUGUCACAGGAGGCUUCGGAAGCUUCUUCCAACGGAGCGGAAGUUGCGCAGCUUCAUAUGGAGUCAGUUGAAUUCAACACGAUCUUCUCAGCGGCGUUUGUGGAGUCAUACCUUGCUGCGCCACCCCAGGUUGAUGUGCAAGUUAGAUAUGUCGCCGCUGGUGAUAUUUAGCGUCUUUGCUCUGACUUUCCGCAGUAGGUCCACUCAUCUCCCGUUCCUUCGCUGUUGUCUCCUGUCGAUGCAGCGCAUGCGUCGUAUAGGUCGUGAAGAAGAAGCUGCGCGACUUGUGUGGAACCACGUUUCCCAUUGUAGUAGCGCACUGCUCCGUCAAUGCAUCCGUCGUCCAAACCUACUUGAGGAAGUUACAGUGGCUUUGUGUCGCACAAUGCACCGCGGCAUAUCGGGUCGUAAAGAUUCGUGGAUGGGUCAUCGAUCGCUCGCGGUACUUCGCUCCGGCGCGGCUCUACGUCAGUUCACACCUGCGCUUUGCAUUCCUCUUUGCGCGGCAGCACUGGACUGCGGGGUGCAUUUCGCCACCGUUCAACAACAUGUUGCGGAGAUCUAUCGGUGGGACGAGCGCACUGAACGGUGGGUUCUCAACAUGGUGCGACUCAUAGCUGACUGUCACAGUGCUCUCAUGCGUGUUCCCCUUAAUUGCUCACUGCACUCUUCAUACAUGCGGGGGUUGGUGCAGAGAGUUGCGUAUGAGCUUCCAACGCUUAGUUCCACCUGCUCUAUUGAAGUUCAAGUGCCCUCCCGCAAUAAAUUACUGGCUCUUUGGACUAUAGUUAACGACGAUGUUGCAAAUGGCAGAUUGCGGCAACUAACUUGUCAGCUGUUUCUAGACCCGGUGGCACGAAGCGCCUUCAAAGAGAUGCGAUUGGCGGAUGAGGUGGAUAACUGUAAUUCUGGCACUGAUGGAGGUGGUGGAAGCAAAUGUAGGGUGCCUCGGAGCACCUUAAAAGGUUUACUAAAUGAAGAAGUUUUUGUUUCUGUUGCCGUUAACUGUACCACAGAGCAUGCUUUUGCAAUUUUCAUGAAUGCAUUCCUUUCGACACGUCAAGCUCGCGACAAAUUGAGAUACAUGCACUUGGUGCUGAGUGAGAUGCCCUUCGAGUCGACCGAUAUUUGUCCGCGUUGCACCACUGAAACCGGGAAUUGUGAAGUUUCAUGA